GUACGUGUUUAUGUCGGAUUUCGAAUUCGCACCUUCCAUGGAAUACUAAUCUGCAGAAGAAGAACAAAGUGGCCCAAUCAAAUCAAAGGAAAGAAGAACACAAACCAAACAGAAGAGAGUAAAUAAUGAAAAAGAAGAAAAAAAGUAAAGACAAGUGUCGCACUUAACUUGUCAUCACUCUUUUGUUCUCUUGUUAAUUAAUAAUUUAACUAAAAAAGCCGUUUUUAACCAAAACCUCGACUCCUUUAAUCCAAUCCCCCAAACAGAACCUAAAUAACCAAACAGAUCUCUCUCUCCCUCAAUCAUUCCUUCUUUACUUUGCCUUUCCUCCCCUUCCCUUUCUCUCCAUAACGAAUCGCACGAUUUUCCUUCAAAUGUCUCCGAUUCCGCCGGAGAACGGCGUCGACGGCGACGACGAGCGUGAAGAAGAAGAAGAAGAAGAAGAAGACGACGACGACGUGAAUGAAGAUGAAGAUGAAGAAGAAGAAGAAGAAGAAGAAGAAGAGCCGAGGCUCAAGUACCAGAGAAUGGGAGGGAGUAUACCGACGCUACUAUCAAAUGAUGCGGCGUCGUGUAUUGCAGUAGCGGAGCGUAUGAUCGCGCUCGGUACACUUGACGGGACCGUUCAUAUUCUUGAUUUUCUUGGUAAUCAGGUUAAGGAGUUUGCUGCUCACACUGCUGCAGUCAAUGACCUCAGCUUUGAUAUAGAAGGUGAAUACAUAGGAAGCUGUUCAGAUGAUGGAUCUGUUGUAAUACAUAGCCUUUUCACUGAUGAGAAAAUGAAAUUUGAUUACCAUCGUCCAAUGAAGGCUAUUGCUUUGGACCCUGAAUAUUCAAGAAAAACAUCGAGAAGAUUUGUAGCUGGUGGUUUAGCAGGUCAUUUAUAUUUUAAUUCAAAGAAAUGGUUGGGCUACCGUGACCAGGUUUUGCACUCUGGUGAAGGUCCAAUACAUGCUGUAAAAUGGAGAACAAGUCUUAUUGCUUGGGCUAAUGAUGCAGGCGUGAAGGUUUACGAUGCUGCCAAUGAUCAGCGUAUAACAUUUAUUGAAAGACCACGGGGAAGUCCACGCCCUGAGCUUUUGCUCCCUCACUUAGUUUGGCAGGAUGAUUCUCUCUUGGUUAUUGGCUGGGGAACAUCUGUGAAAAUUGCAUCAAUAAGAGCAAACGAGCAUAAAGGAACCAAUGGGACAUACAAGCCUCUUCCAGCGGCUAGCAUGAACAAGGUGGAUAUUGUGGCAUCUUUUCAAACCAGCUAUUAUAUUUCAGGAAUUGCUCCUUUUGGUGAUUCUUUGGUUGUUCUAGCUUAUAUUCCUGGAGAAGAUGGGGAGAAGGAAUUUAGCAGCACCAUUCCAUCAAGACAGGGUAAUGCACAGAGACCAGAAGUACGCAUAAUUACAUGGAAUAAUGAUGAACUUGCAACAGAUGCGCUGCCUGUGCAUGGUUUUGAGCAUUACAAGGCAAAGGAUUACUCCCUUGCUCAUUCUCCUUUCUCAGGUAGCAGCUACGCUGGUGGUCAAUGGGCUGCUGGUGAUGAACCAUUGUACUAUAUUGUCUCCCCAAAGGAUGUGGUUAUUGCAAAACCAAGGGAUGCUGAAGAUCAUAUUACAUGGCUUCUACAGCAUAAUUGGCAUGAGAAAGCUUUAGCUGCAGUUGAAGCAGGUCAGGCUCGGAGUGAACUCCUUGAUGAGGUAGGAUCUAGAUAUCUUGAUCAUUUGAUUGUGGAAAGGAAGUAUGCUCAAGCUGCAUCUUUAUGUCCUAAACUGUUACAAGGAUCUGCAUCAGCAUGGGAAAGGUGGGUUUUCCAUUUUGCUCAUCUUCGUCAGCUUCCUGUAUUGGUUCCUUACAUACCAACGGAAAACCCAAGACUGCGUGAUACUGCUUAUGAGGUUGCACUUGUAGCUCUGGCGACAAAUCCAUCUUUUCACAAGGAUCUUUUGUCAACUGUUAAAUCUUGGCCACCUGUAAUUUAUUCUGCAUUACCUGUCAUAUCUGCUAUUGAACCUCAACUAAACACCUCUUCCAUGACUGAUGCACUCAAAGAGGCACUAGCGGAAUUAUAUGUAAUUGAUGGGCAAUAUGAGAGAGCUUCUUCACUUUAUGCUGAUCUUAUGAAGCCAGAAAUAUUUGAUUUCGUUGAAAAGCACAACUUACAUGAUGCUAUUCGUGAAAAGGUUGUCCAAUUGAUGAUGCUUGAUUGCAAGCGUGCAGUUCCCUUGUUGAUCCAAAACAGGGACUUAAUUCCUCCAGCUGAAGUUGUCUCACAACUGCUGGCUGCCAGAAAUAAGUGCGAUUCCAGAUAUUUCUUGCAUUUGUACCUGCAUUCAUUAUUUGAAGCAAAUCCACAUGCAGGAAAAGAUUUUCAUGAUAUGCAGGUAGAGCUUUAUGCAGAUUAUGAUCCAAAAAUGCUACUUCCUUUUCUUCGUAGUAGCCAACAUUACACACUUGAGAAGGCCUAUGACAUUUGCAUCAAGAGAGAUCUUUUGAGGGAGCAAGUUUUCAUACUUGGAAGAAUGGGAAAUUCAAAAAAGGCACUUGCUGUCAUCAUAAAUAAAUUAGGAGAUAUUGAAGAGGCUGUAGAAUUUGUCACUAUGCAGCAUGAUGAUGAACUUUGGGAAGAAUUAAUUAGGCAGUGCCUUAACAAACCUGAAAUGGUGGGAGUGUUGCUGGAGCAUACUGUUGGCAAUCUUGAUCCCCUAUAUAUUGUAAAUAUGGUACCUAACGGGUUGGAGAUUCCACGACUCAGGGAUCGUCUGGUAAAAAUUAUCACUGAUUACAGAACUGAAACAUCUCUUAGACAUGGAUGUAAUGACAUUCUUAAGGCUGAUUGUGUAAACCUCUUGGUCAAAUACUACAAGGAAGCAAGGCGGGCAGUUUGCUUAAGCAACGAAGGAGAUGAUGCACGGGCGAAAAGAGAUGGCAGUAGGGAUUCUCAGACAACUGAGCGAACACCAAACUUGAGGACUAUGGUGGUUAAGUCAAAAACCAGGGGAGACUCGAGAUGUUGCAUGUGUUUUGAUCCCUUCUCUAUACAAAAUGUAUCAGUCAUUGUAUUCUUUUGCUGUCAUGCUUAUCACAUGACUUGCCUAAUGGAUUCCAUGAAUACUGUUAGUGGCCAAAGAGCGAGUGGAGACGCUUCUAGGGAGCAGGUCCUAGGGUAUGAGUACGAGGAUGAUGACGAUGAUGAUGAUGAUGACGAUGAGGCAAAUUCUGGUUCUCGUUUACGAUGUAUCUUGUGUACUACUGCUUCCAGUUGAGAUAGUGUGUUCAUAUUUUGUUUAUUUUCUAUUUCUUCGCCCCCUUUUUUUGGUUGGGGAAUGGGUAAGGGGUGUGUUCUGUGCGAGUUUUCGCUUUAUUUUUACCAGGCUUUUCUCUCUUUUCUUUUUAUUUUCUAAAUUUCUCCCUUUUUGCCUUUCUUAUGUUAAUAUAUCAUAUAUGUGUGCUAUUCAUCAAUUCACCAUUUUUGGUCGAGCUUCAGUUGUAUUAUAAAUUAAUAUAUUGUUAAUGGAAAGUAUUAAUUUAUCUGGCCAUUUCAUGGGCUAGUAUUGGAUGGACA